AUGGCCUGUGGAUACAACAUGAAGGACCCCAUCUGCCUGGUGGAAAAUCAGAAUAAUCAGCUGACAGUAAAUCCAACAGCACUGGAGAUUCUAGACAAGAUCUCUCAGCCUGUGGUGGUGGUGGCCAUCACAGGUGUGUAUCGGACAGGAAAAUCCUACCUGAUUAACCGCCUGGCAAGAAAGAACCAUGGCUUUCGUCUGGGCUCCACAGUGCGGUCUGAAACCAAGGGCAUCUGGAUGUGGUGUAUACCCCACCCUUUUAAUCCCAACCACACUCUGGUCCUUCUGGACACUGAGGGCCUGGGCGAUGUAGAAAAGGGCGAUUCAAAGAAUGACUCAUGGAUCUUUGCCCUGGCCGUGCUUCUGAGCAGCAUGUUUGUCUACAACAGCAUGAACACCAUCAACCACCAGGCCCUGGAGCAGCUGCACUAUGUGACUGAACUAACAAGGCUAAUCAGAGCAAAAUCCUCCCCCAGCUCUGGUGAAGUAGGUGACUCAGCCGAGUUUGUGAGUUUCUUUCCAGACUUUGUUUGGGCUGUGCGGGAUUUCAUGCUAGAGCUGAAGUUAGAUGGACGCACCAUCACGGAAGAUGAGUACCUGGAGCAUGCUUUAAAGUUGGUCCCAGGCGAGCAUCCCCAAAUCCAGCAAUCCAACAUGCCUAGAGAGUAUAUCAGGAAGUUCUUUCCCAAGAGAAAGUGCUUUAUUUUUGAACGCCCUACAAAUAACAUAAACCUAUUACAACAUAUGGAAGAGGUGUCAGAAAACCAACUGGAGUGCAGUUUCCAGGUUCAAACCAAAAAUUUCUGUAACUACAUCUUCACAGCUGCAAAAACCAAGACCCUCAGAGAGGGAAUCAUUGUCACUGGCAAUCGGCUGGGGACCUUGGCAAAAGCCUAUGUGGAUGCCAUAAACAGUGGAGCAGUGCCUUGUUUGGAAAAUGCAGUGAUAACUCUGACUCAGCGUGAGAACUCAGCAGCCAUGCAGAAGGCAGCCGACCACUACAGCGAGCAGAUGGCCCAAAGAGUGAGCUUCCCCACAGACACGCUGCAGGAACUGCUGGAUCUACAAACAGCCUGUGAAAAGGAAGCCAUUGCAAUCUUUAUGGAGCACUCCUUCAAGAAUGACAACCAGGUGUUCCAAAAGAAGCUUGAGGGCAUCAUAAAGAAAAAGAAGGAAAAUUUCUUGCUGAAGAAUGAAGAGGAAUUUCUCAAAUAUUGCCACGCUCAGUUUACACAGCUUUCAGAGCCACUGAUGGAAGGAAUUUUUAGAGGAACAUUCUUUGUACCUGGAGGAUACAUCCUCUACUUAGAAGAAAUGAACAAGGUUGAAUCGUCCUAUGAAUUGGUGCCCAGGAAAGGAGUGAAGGCAAUGGAGGUCCUCCAGAACCUCAAGAAGUCACAGGCUGCAAUAAAGGAAUGCAUCCUGCAGUCUGACAAGGCCCUCACUGCUAUGGAGAAGGUUCUAGCAGCCAAGACAGAGGAAUUGAAAAGAGUACAAGAGCUACUAAGACAGACACCGAAAGAAAAGGAGCAACAAGUAGAGGCUCUAGAGAACAGCUCUAAGGAAACACUUGCCCAGAUGUACCAGGAGAUGAGACAGAAAAGAAAACGACUGAAAGAGCAGAAAGAACAUCCAAAGCAGAAACAGCCAAUGGAGUUCCUCCAGAACUUCCAAGACUCACUGGAACAGGAAGCCCUCAUUUUGGUGGAGAAGGCUAUAGCAGCUGCAAACGCCAAGACAGCGGAAUUGGAAACAGAAAAGCAGCAGCUAAUAGAACAAGAAUGGUUAGAAAUGGAGGAUGAAUUAACAAGCGACAAGGAAACACAUCCCCAGAUGUACCAGGAGAUGAGACAGAAAGUUACAAGAAAAAUGUCCGAUGAAAUGGAAAAGAGAACUCAGCAGAUCAUGGAAGAGACAGAAGAGUUAUCUGAUACAGAUGAAACAGUUGAUUGA